UGUGAUCAGACAGACAGAUCAGUGGAUGUGUCGUGAUUGUAAACAUACAGCAGAAAGCAGAAGCAUUCUCAGUUGUGGCGAAAGUGUGUUGGGGAUUCGGUGACGAUACGUGAAUUUUUUCUGGUUAUUUUCAUCCUCCUUUAGAAUUUUUUGACAUAAUUUAAAGAAGCUGAUUCGCAAAUGAAUGUCCGCUUUCGAUCGGCAGAAACAAGCGGCUUGUCGUGUAGGUAUUGUUUGGACAUUACUUUUUGGGGGUAUUCACCUCUCUCAACUCAUAACUUUUUCUCCUUUGGGAGGAUAGGUUUUGUCCCCGUGAUAAAAAAAUGUAGAGAACACACUUAUCCUGAGUACAUAUAGAUACGUACUGUGAAUGUUCACGUGAAACGACGUUAUAUUGGCUCUGCUUUUGUGUACCCAAAUUAGGCUCUCUAUGUGGUACUACUGUUGAUUUUCCUUGGGAGAAGUUGUUGCAAAGGAAAAUAAAUUGGGUAGGAUAUCAUUCAAUUUGUACUUUUGCUUGGGAGAAUUCUUUGACUGCUGUAAUGUGGAGUAGAAUUUUCAUCACUUCUACAAAUUUAACAAAAGUGUCAAUUCUGAUAAUCUAAUACUAUUACUGUACCAGAAAUGGCUUUAAGUCAUUCUGACAUCCAUCAUGAUUCUGACCUUGAUACAAUUCAAGAUGAAUAUGAAAGAGUUCGUGGUGAAUUUGAGAGACUCGGCUUCCCAGCUAGGCUCCCCAUCUCAAUCGCAGAUUCUGGUGAAAGUGAGUCGUGGGAUAUGAUGCAAGAUGUUGAGCUGGAGGAAUUUGAUUUUGGACCCUCCUCACCACCUACUGAUUUGAGUGAAGGAGAGCUAGAAGAAGUCAUGUUGAAUGGAGGCAUAUUUAAUUGGCAGCAACCCAGUAUUAGCAAUGACAUUAUGGCUCUUGAAGAUGAAAGUGAAAGUAGUGAAAUUGAUGAUGAACUCAUGGCCUCCCGAUCAGAGUCAUCAUUAUCUGGGGACAGUGACGGAAGUCCGAGCACAAUUUCCCCCUCUGCCUUGAGUCCAGUGUAUCGUGACAGCCCUGAUAGUAUGGGAAGGUCAGAUUGUGAAAAUCAUCCCAUUAGUCCUUGCCAUUCUCCCUGUUAUUCAAGACCUGGAAGCCCUUGGCCAAUGUUUGCUCGACCAUCCUUCAAGAAAACUAGAAGUCCAUUCUGGACUACUUUUCGUGUGCGAGAAUUUCGCUGACUAAGAAGUUCUAGUUUCUCACAUACUACUCACUAUUUUCUUGUUUGGAUCUCAGAUGCAUUUCGUAAACAUAAAACCCAUAUCCUAUUACUGAAAUGUAAAAUUAAAUCAAGCAGACUAUUAUUAUUUUUUUAUUUUUUUUUCAUAUCAAAUACAUUCGAGGAUACUUGUAGUUGUAAAAUAUAAUGUCAUGCUUUUGUUGUAGAAAGGUAAUGGAAAAUGAAUUCUUUUUUGCCGUCUGUGUGCACGCACACUAAAGGUGGCCCUCCAAUAAAACCUGGAACCCAUCAUCCAUCACCCAUCAUUUCAGAUUGUGCUGUUAUUGAUGCAGCCCAAGUUUUGCUAAAUGUACUUUGGAAGUAUAGUAUUAAUGCAAUAAAUGCAUUUUCACAAAUUAUGAACAUGUUUGAGUGACCAUAUACAGGUCUAAUCAUCAAUAAUUGGUUCUUAUGGUUCCCUCAUGGAGGCAACCACCUGCAAAAUUUGUGAAAAUCUAUUUAUUGCAUUACUUAACUUCCAUCUUACAUUUAGCAAACUUGGGCUGCAUCUAUUGUAGCAAAAUAUGAAAUGAUGGGUCAUGUGUUCCAAGUUUCAUUGGAGGGCCACCUUAAUUUUGUAUUAAAAUUGUAGAUUCAUCAUUACUUUCUGUAAUGAUCUGCAUACAAUCCUUCAUCUUUUCAAUCUGAUAAGCUUUGCAAAAAAAUUAGAAGAGUAUUUUUGUGCAGAAGAGGGAGAAAUGUUUAACUCAAAAAAGUGUGUUUUUAUGAAUGAUGUGAAAUACUAGUCAUUAUGAGUUUAUUUCAUUGGUAAAAUGCUUAGGUAUUUCUCUAAGAUCAUUGUAUUUCUUUUUAUUGUUUAUUAGUUUAGAACACGUUUUUUUCAUACAUGUUUUCAUAUUGCUUCAUAUCUUUGCAUUAUUGUGACAUAAUAUUGGUACUUACGUGGAGUAAAAGUAGUAUCAUGACGUGUUGAACCUUAGGUUGGACACUUGUGUUUUGAGCUACGGUUACAUGGAG